CGACACUUUUGGCUCUGCCUGUGACAGAGUGUGUAUCGGGGGCGCGCUGCGUGUGCGUGCAUGUGUGUGUGUGAGUGUGUGAGAGAGUGAGUGAGAGAGAGAGAGAGAGAGAGAGAGAGAGUGUGUAUGUGUGUGUAUAUGUCUCCUGGCCGAGCUUCUCUGCAGCUGCGACUCUUCAAUGGACCUCAUUGUCGCGGUGUCGCGCUCGUAGGCGUGCGGGAACCUCGCGUGCACAAACCUCGCGUGCGGGAAGCUCGCGUGCGCGGCGGACGCUCCGGGUGUGCGUGUGUGUUUUUUUGCGUUGCGCGUGGCACCAUCCGGGACGCAGCGGGUACCUGCUACACUCCUUUUUAUUUUUAAAAUCUUUCUUUCUUUCUUCUUCUGUUUGGAGAAAUCACCGAGAGAGAGAAAGAGAGAGGUUUUAAACUCGGACCACGGGAUCCUGGGGCUUUGCGUUAACACCGGGUGCACGCGCGCGGAGGUGAAGGAUUGGCAUUCCCGAUUCAGCCGUGAUCAACAUCCACUUCUCCUGAGGUCUGUGUCAUCAAUCACGGCUGCCCCUCAUCUCCACUGAGAACAAACUCUGGAACAAACCGUCCGCUGCUGGAUAUCUUGUGCCUCUUUGUCACCCCCACAUCGAUUUUUCUGCUCUUCGUUUUUCUCCUCCGGCCCACACCAUGAGCAGGAGGAGCCCUGGGGUGUGGAGUGGACUGACGGCGCUCGGCAUGUUGGUGCUGGUCCAGUGGGCGGGCAGCUGUUGGGCCAUGACGCUGAACUCGGUUGCUCUGCGUCCGGUACCAGACGCACCACUCAGAGAGGAGGAUGAGGACACUAGGGUACUCCAUAGGCACAAGAGGAACUGGGUAUGGAACCAGUUCUUUGUCUUGGAGGAGUACACUGGAGACGAUCCUCUCUACGUUGGAAAGCUUCACUCAGACGUGGAUAAAGGUGAAGGCAGGAUAAAGUAUGUCCUCAACGGUGAAGGAGCCACCACCAUUUUCACCAUCGACGAGAACACAGGCGACAUCCAUGCCACCAAACGGCUGGACCGCGAGGAGCAAGCCUACUACACACUCCGCGCUCAGGCCCGCGACCGCGCCACCAACCUGCCCGUCGAACCCGAGUCCGAAUUCGUCAUCAAGGUCCAGGACAUCAACGACAACGAGCCUCGCUUCCCAGACGGACCGUACCAAGCUCAAGUGCCUGAAAUGUCUCCAGUGGGGACGUCGGUGGUGGAGGUGAAAGCGACAGACGCGGACGAUCCCACGUACGGAAACAGCGCCAGAGUCGUCUAUAGCAUCCUGGAAGGCCAGCCGUAUUUCUCAGUGGAACCCAAGACAGGUAUUGUGAGGACGGCGCUGCCCAACAUGGACCGCGAGGCGAGGGAUCAGUACUUGCUCGUCAUCCAGGCUAAGGACAUGGGCGGUCAGAUGGGCGGGCUCUCGGGAACCACGUCCGUCACCGUCACCUUAACCGAUGUGAACGACAAUCCUCCACGAUUUUCAAGAAAAUCCUAUCAGUUCAGCGUGCCUGAGUCGCUGCCUGUGGCUUCCGUGGUGGCCAAGAUAAAGGCCUUGGAUGCAGACGUGGGCCCCAACGCUGAGAUGGAGUACAGAAUUAUCGAAGGAGACGGCCUCGGGGUUUUCAGGGUCGAGCCAGACAAAGACACUCAGGAAGGAGUCAUAACUCUACUGAAAGGUCUGGACUUUGAAACCAAGUCGAGCUACACUUUAAAAAUCGAAGCAUCCAACAAACACAUGGAUCCUCGCUUCCGAGCUCAGGGGCCAUUCAGCGACACGGCGAUGGUCAGGCUGGUGGUGGAGAACGUGGACGAGCCACCCGUGUUCGCCGCGUCCAUCAGCAGGAUGGUGGUUUCUGAAGCGGCUAAAGUGGGCACCAUCAUCGGCACGGUUUCCGCCACGGACCCUGACUCCACCAACAGCCCCAUCAGGUACUCGAUCGACCGGAACACGGAUCUGGAGCGUUUCUUCAACAUCGAAGCGGCGAGCGGAGUCAUCAGCACGGCUAAGCCUUUAGACCGAGAGAUGAACGCCGUGCACAACAUCACCAUCCUCGCCAUUGAAAGCCUGGACCCCUCGCAGGUGGGGAAAGGAAUCACCCUGAUCACGGUGAUGGAUGUCAACGAUAACGCUCCCGUCUUCGCCAUAGAGUACGAGACGUUCCUGUGCGAGAGUGCCGGACCAGGCCAGGUGAUCGAGACGGUGAGCGCGGUGGAUAAAGACGAGCCUCCCAGCGGCCAUCGCUUCUUCUUCUCCCUGACUGCCGAAGCUGCCGGGAACCACAACUUCACCCUGCGGGACAACAAAGAUAAUACAGCGUCCAUCCUGACCAAGCGUGGAGGAUUUCACAGGCGAGAGCAGCCACUGUACCAUCUGCCUGUACUGAUAGUGGACAGCGGGAGUCCGUCUCUCAGCAGCACCAACACUUUGUCCAUCCGGGUGUGUGAGUGUGACUCUGAUGGAGCUCCACAGGCCUGUGGCAACGAGGCUUUCCCCCUGACGGCCGGACUCAGCACCGGAGCGCUCACAGCCAUCCUGGCCUGCAUCAUGACGCUGCUCGUGCUUGUGCUGCUGAUCGUGACGGUGCGGCGGAGAAAGAAGGAGCCGCUGAUCGUGGACGACGAGCGUGACGUGCGUGAGAACAUCGUACGCUAUGACGACGAGGGCGGCGGAGAGGAAGAUACCGAGGCCUUCGACAUGGCGGCGCUGCGCCACCUGAACGCCACGCGGGAGAGUAAAACGCGACGUGACGUGACUCCUGACAUGCCUGCCGUACCCACCCUGUACCACACCCGCCCCCCGCCGUACAAAAUGGCCCCCGACAAUGGUGUUUUCCGCGAGUUCAUAUGGGAGCGUCUGAAGGAGGCGGAUGUGGACCCUUCGGCCCCGCCGUAUGACUCGCUCCAGACGUACGCCUUCGAGGGAAACGGCUCGGCGGCGCAGUCACUCAGCUCUCUCGAGUCGCUCAGCACCGACUCGGAGCACAACUACGACUUCCUGAGCGACUGGGGGCCGCGUUUCAAAAAGCUGGCCGAUCUCUAUGGCCACGGCGAAGCCAGCAACGUCUUCUCCUCCUAGCUGGAGGGUCGAUUCGCCGACAGAAAUGAAAACGAACAGUCACCGAGUGCCAAUGACUCACCGCUCCUCGAAGGAAGGCAGGAGGGACACGUUUUAUUCCGACAAAAAAGGAUGGUGAAAAAAAACGAAAAAAAACAAACAAAACAAGACAACAUAAAUGAACAACCAGUGACAAAUGCCAGAAAUGGCAUGAUUCCCCAAAAGAGGUGGGAGGAAGAAUAAAAAAUAUGGAACAUUCGUAUGUGGGAGGAGAAAUAUUGGCAUCGAUUUCCCUCCGAAACGUCGAUAAUCCUCUCCGAGGACAGAUUGUGGAUUCUUACAUUGUGGCACUUGGAUUUAAACCCACAAUAAGACGCCAGGCUCAGACACAGAAAGGAUGUAGCUGGGAUAAAAGGGCAGAGGGUGGAGGCGUGCGCGAGAGGCCUUCCUGGAAUUUGUUUAGCAGAGACUUUCAGCGGCGAGGCGGUGAUGAAUCAGAACAGUCCUGCCUGCCGAGCCAGAUCUGCUGCCUCGUAACCCGUGCUCUCCGAUGCUAUCUCAAUGUUUCUGUUCUCUCACAUAUUUCUAUGACUCACAGCUUCUUCUUCAGCCACAAAAAAAAGAAAAAAAAUCAAUAUGAAUUAAGUCGCCGAAAUACUCCCGAAAGACAUAUUGCCUUGUGAGGUAAUGCAACUGUCGCUGUGUAAAAUAUCUUUCAUCUGACAUCAGGCUUUAGUUUCAUCCGAAAUAAAGCAUCAGUGUUGAUGAAAAAUAGCCAAAACCACUGAUUUAGAGGAAAACAAAAGUGGUUUCCGUGUAUAAUAACGCUGACUCGGGAUGAGAUUGGAGUCGUUGCAGGUGUUCUUCGGCUCGGGGAAAAGUGUCUCGUUUGGUUUCUUUUGUGCAGCAGGAACGUUGAAACGGUGUGAAAUUGAAGGAUUAAACCUAUCCAUCACUCUCUCUCUCUCUCUCUCUCUCUCUCACUUUCUUUUCAACUCCGAAAAACAAAUGUGUUUGUAGUGUCAGGUUCUGCCUCAUGUACUGUGUACUGUAAGUACCUUCUGGAUGAUUAUUGUGCAACUUGUUUUUUAUGGUUUGGGUUUUUUUGUUUGUUUUAUUUUUAGCUUUUUUUCUACGUGAGACCAGCCAAGCUGUUGCAGACGUGAGGCGAACUGAAACGUUGUUAAUACACAAAAAUGUCCAUUCUGUCUUACAAGCUUCUCUCCUUUUCGAUUGUGACACGACAUGAAGACGUGAUUUGAAACUAUGCUUUGAAAUAUUCUUCAUAUACACCAUAAUUGAAAUAUGGACUUAUUUUGUACAGUCGUAAAACUAAAUAAAACAAAUGCACAGCUUCUUUUUAA